CACACGUUUGUGUUUUUGAAAUUGUAAUACAUUUACCAAUGUUGAUUAAUAGUCUGCAACCUUUGGCCAGUAAACACACAGAGUGGUCUUUAAUGUUCCUCUUCUGGAACUGGUUAAGGGAUACCGUGCUCUCUGCAUGCCAUCCACAGCUUUAUAUUUUAUUUAAUAAGACACCGUUUGCGUUAGAAUCUCAUGGCAUUGCCAGUAAAUGUAAAGAAAUGGAUACAGCAGAACAAAACUUGCUUUUUACCACCGGUCUGCAAUAAGCUAAUGCAUAAUGGUCAGCUGACAGUAAUGUUUGUGGGUGGCCCAAACCAAAGAAAAGAUUAUCACAUCCAAGAAGGAGAGGAGUUAUUUUACCAACUGGAAGGAGACAUGUGUCUGAAGAUAAUUGAAGAUGGAAAACCUAAAGAUAUCCAUAUCAAACAAGGAGAGAUGUUUCUGUUGCCAGCCCGAAUACCUCAUUCCCCUCAAAGAUUUGAAAACACCGUUGGACUUGUCAUCGAGAGGAGACGGUUAGAAAUGGAAAGAGAUGGCCUUAGGUAUUAUGUUGAAAAUUCCAGUGAAGUACUGUUUGAGAGGUGGUUUUACUGUGAAGAUCUUGGAAAACAACUGAUUCCAAUAAUUCAUGAAUAUUUCAACUCAAAACAAUACAAAACAGGGAAGCCUGAUCCAGACCAGCAGUUGGAAGAAAUGCCUUUCCCUCUCAACCCUGCCAAAGUAAUGGAGCCCUUUUCUUUCGAGGACUGGAUACAUAAACAUCGGGUGGAAAUAAACGAAAAAAAAGACCUAAGUUUGUUUGAAGACCACCAUGACAUAAAGGCAGUCAUCAGUGGAUCUGGAGAAAGUAAAAUAAGCACAACGACAGAUAAAUGGAUUUGGCAACUGGAAGGAACGUCGACUGUUACUUUGGGUGAUACAACUAUACAGUUGGAAGCUGGAGAUAGCCUCCUCAUCAAAGAACACACCCAGUACUCUUGGAACAGACAUCAUGGGUGUUUGGCGUUGUGCCUUUGCCAGGAACCAGCACAAAGAAAAUUCCUAUAAUUAAGCAUCACAACACAAUAUAAAUGGACGCAUCUGCACAUUCAUCUUUACAAUUCCAGCAGAACCAGAAAGCCUUUCAUAAACCAAAGUAAAAAUAACUAUCUUACAUGGCAUCAGCUUGUGCAUUUUAUUUACAAAUGUAAAAGUUUUUUGGGUUUUGUGCAACUUUAGGAAAAUAUAAAAUGUCUUGAUAAGCACAGACCAGUCUGUUAGUCUAAUAUAAUGAUCAAGAAAUGUAGGCAUAAAGUGAGUUUUUGGAUAUAUAUUAAGGUUACUUUUUAUGCCUAAGUAUAGCUUGCUUGAUAUAUAUAUAUGUAUAUAUAUAUAUAUAUAUAUAUAUAUAUAUAUAUACUGAAUGAUUUGCAAAGUGCAUAAGCAUCAAAUAUUACAUAUCUUAUCGAGAUUAUUUUGGGCUGAAUUCAAUGCCAUAGAUAAUUCGAUCACAAGUAACUGAUUGGUAAUCACUGGUCAUCAUAGAUUGCAAUAAAAAAAAAAGAGAUAAAAAAAAGAUCUAUUGGUCCAGAAUGAUAUUGAGAUAAAACGUACCACUCAUUUUAUCUCAUGCUUUUUUAUUGAAAUCUUUGUGAAAAUUGUUAUUCAGUUAGUUCUAAAAGAUUUAAGUUUAACAUUAAAUCUAUCCUUCUAAUGUUUAUUCCAUUGUAUUAAAAAGGAAAAAAAUAAAAUGCUCUUACAUACUUGUUACAAUAUUUUGCAACAUUAAUUUUGAAUGCAUUUUUUUCUGUUAAUUGAUAGUCAAAUAAAUUUGUUAUAGAAACGAA